AUGUCGAAUUUACCAGAACAUGUUUGGGAUGAAUUAGCAAUGGAUUUUUUUGGACCAUUACCGUCAGGAGAGUAUUUAUUUGUUAUAGAAGAUUUAUAUUCAAGAUACCCAUUUGUUGAUAUAAUAAAAACCACAACAGCUUCAAGCGUCAUAAGUAAACUAGAAAGAUUAUUUGCUAUAUUUGGUUAUCCUAACAAAAUUAGAAGUGACAACGGACCACCGUUUCAAAGCGAAGAAUUAAAACUAUACUUUAAAAAUGUCGACAUAAAGCACAUUAAAAUAACGCCUCAAUAUCCGCAAGCGAACGGUAUCGUAGAAAAAUUUAUGCAAGUUAUAGGAAAAACAAUUAAAAUAACUCAUUUUAUGGGGAAAAGUUGGAGAGAGGAACUUCAAAGCAUGCUUCGAAAUUAUAGAUGCGCACCUCAUAAUACAACUGGCAAAUCACCAGCUACUUUAUUAUUCAAUAGAAAUAUCAAAAAUAAGUUUCCUUCAAUAAUAAUUGAAAAAUUACCCUAUGACAAAGAAGUGAGAGAACGUCAAGAUAAAAAGUAUAAGAAAGUACAAGAAUACUUUGAUAUGAAACAUCAUGCAAAGAAGAGAGAUGACAUUAAAGUAGGAGAUCAGAUUCUUGUUAAAUGCCAUAAACCGGGAGGAAAAUUAGACUCAAAAUAUUUAAACAAUUUGGAUAAAGAAGGAAACGAGUUGGCGCGUAAUAUACAAUUUAUAAAAAAACUCUUAAAACCUGAAGCCGAAAGUAUACAACGUGAAACACCAGUAAAUGAUAUCGAAAGAAAAAUAGUUAAAAGAAAAUCAUAUCCAAAGCGAAUUAAUAGACCUAUAAAGUUUUACUAUUAA